GAUCUGUGACGCUGGCCGACAAAAAGAGGACGAGUGAGUUGGACUGAGUUCUGAGCACGCAGCAUUUAUUCUGCUGUGUUGGCCUUCAAGACUAGAAUCUAGGCUUAUACGUGGAGGAAAAAAAACGUAUUUCCUCUUCGUUCUGUUUGGUUUGAAUCAAGAAUCUAGUUAAAAUAAAUUACAAAGACAGGACGAUUAUCCUCAAGGCAACGGAGCCGCGUGCACUGACUGAGACUGAAGUACUAAAAGUUCCAGUCAAAUUCAUUGCCAAUCGAGUGAGAGAGGGCUGCAGUGAAAAGUUGUGCUGGGAUUGCUGUUGAUGCGGAGUGGCGGCUGUCUGAACUGUCGGUGAAAAUGGCAUCUUUGAAGUCUUCUUUUAGUGUGAGAAAAAGCAGUCGCAUGAACCUCCGGAAAUGCUCGUCUGUCGAGGCGAAGAAGGCAGAUCCUGAUGAGAAAUGUCCUGAAAAGUCCUCUAGAAAAGGUCCUGCCAACUGUGAGCGUGUGUGUGGGGCGGGGCCCGGUGACGCGGAGGCGUCUGUGAAUCUCCUGCACUCCCCCAGUAGCUGUAGCUCCUUCACCGCGUCGCCCUCAAAGCGGACGCCGCCCUCCCAGAGGGCUUGUGCGUCACCCCGGGAGCUGAAUCAGGCCAGGAGGAGAUUACUCUCCCCCACAAAGAGGAAGUCUGACGAGGAUGCGGAGAAUUGUUUGUCCGACAGUCCGUCCCCGAGAAAGUCUCCGCGAUCCUCCAACGACCCGGCCUCCCAAUACCCUCUGCCAGAUGACUCGGAGGAUCCAGAGACGCCCAAGUCAUCGAAGAGGUCAACUGUGCGGCUGUCCCGAAUUGCCAACUCCACGCCCAGAAGGUUGUUCAGCUCUCCGGAAAAGUCGGGCGGUAAUGACGUGUCCGAGGUAUCGCCCCAGAAGUCAGCCGCCAGUCGAUUGUUUCAAUCUCCCCCGAAGUCACCCAGCAGACGAUUGUUUCAAUCUCCCCCGAAGUCACCCGUUAGAUCGUCUCCCCUACAGAAAUCCAAUGCGCGCAUGUACCAGACGACCAAACGUUGCCUGCACACUGCCAAACCCGCUCGUCUGGUCGGCCGAGAGAAAGAAGAAGAGAAAGUGGAAGAGUUCAUCUCUGAGCGCGUUGAUGCGGGGACGAGUGGCAGUCUGUACGUGUCGGGUGCCCCGGGGACGGGCAAAACGGCCGUGGUUCAGCACGUGGUGGACAAACUCAAGAAUGAGUACGGCAACUUAGAGACGGCGUAUGUGAACUGUAUGACCUUGAAAGAUUCCAACGGCGUCUUCGGCAAGCUGUACGAACAACUGACGGGCAAAACGUACAAGGGGAAAGACUCAGUGAAGGCCGUGGAGAAAGUGUUUGCGACCACUGGCAGUGUGGUCCUGGUGCUGGAUGAGAUUGACCAACUGGACAGUAAACAUCACCACGUGUUAUACCGGAUCUUUGAGUGGCCCGCGCUGGACAAGUCCCGGCUUAUCCUCAUUGGAGUGGCCAAUGCUCUGGAUCUCACGGACAGAGUUCUGCCUAGGCUUCAGGCUUCCGAGAAAUGCUGCCCUGAUCUCAUGAACUUUGCCCCCUACACGUCGGCUCAGAUCACAGAUAUUUUGAAGAGUAGGCUUGAAAGGAGCCUUCUCGUGGAGCCGAGCGCCAUCAAGUUCUGUGCCAGGAAAGUGUCGGCGGUGGCAGGAGACGCCAGGAAGGCCUUGGACGUGUGUCGCAGAGCCGUGGAGAUGGUGGAAGCCGACGUCCGCUCACAGCAAGUUCUCAAACCUGCCGACUGCAACAGUCCGUCCAAAAAGAGCCAGGAGCCCCCGGUGAAGAAGGUGACCUUGGUGCACAUCUCCAAGGUGAUGGGCGACGUGUACGGCUCGAGCGUCGCCGCCGCCAGUAGCAGUGAGAACGACGUGCCGCUGCAGCAGAAGAUCGCCGUCUGUUCCUUGCUGCUGCUGGUCAAGACAGGGAGACUCAAGGAAGUUCUCCUGGGCCGGCUCCACGAGGCGUACACCAAAGUUUGUCGUGGCCGACACAUGGCCCCCGUGGACCAGACUGAGUUCCUGUCCGUCUGUCUGCUCCUCGAGGCACGUGGCGUCGUGACCUUGAAGCGAGCCAAGGACACCAGGAUGAUUCGGGUGUCUCUCAAGUUGGAUGAAAACGAGCUGGAGCAGACGCUGAAGGACAAGACUCUGAUGUCGCAGAUCCUCAAGGACGGAGUGGUCUAGUUUGUGUGACCUUGACCUGAUACCUUGCCAGAAGUAUUGUACCGGGGGGGGGGGGGGGUCCGCAGGUACUUUGACCGAUUUAUUGACAUUUUCCUGGUGUAAUAUAAUACAUUGACUCUGGUACACCUAGAUCAGGAAAGUGGAUGCUCGCGGCUGUCACCGUUUGUGGGUCUGUGGUUGGAGACAGGAGAUAUACGUUUUGAAUUGUCUGCCAUCUUGGCUUUGUGUACACGACAAUUCUGAUCAGUUCCGGGGUCGGCCGAUAUGUUUUAGUUCCCAGUUUUAAUAAUGCUUUGAUUUUUUAUCUCUCUUUUAAAAUUGGGAGUUCUGAAAUUUUUAGAACAGAUGUCAUGUAUUUAUGUACAUUUCUAUUUAUUUUAGGAUUAACAAUGAGCUUGUAUAUUUGAUAAUGGAUUUUUAAAAUGGUUCAGAUUUUGUUCAUUGGCUGUGUGUUGAUGAAGCCAGUCCGUGUUUUCUGUCCGCUUUGGAUGCAAUAAAAACAAAAAUGUUUUUGAUGAAA